GAGGUUGACCCGACCGCGGGAGGUCUGUGGCUUCAGGCUUAUUGAGUGAGAAACUACAUGACUCCGAGAUGGGGUCAGAGAAGAAGGACCAGGGAGUCAUGACCUGAAUUCUACAUCAAGCAACAUUGUUACUUCAUUCUCUGAAGAGAAAACUGACUCAGAGAAGACACACUUAAGACCAUUCAAUUUGUCCACCAGAGAGCUACUUGCCAAACUUCAAAUUAUAGGGAACAAUGAGAAAAAGAAAACGCAAGCCAAGUUCUACAAGCGCCCCAAGACUCCACCUGCUGAUUCAAAAAUAAAAUUGCAGACAGGCGGGAAGCUCAGCCCUACAGAGGAUUCUGGGACGUGUAGUCUCGACGCUUCCUGUGAUUGGGGCACUUCCGCUCCAGGAAAGCGCGGAUGUGUUCAUCGCGUCGCUGGGGAAAUAGAGUACAAUCCAGUGCUGUGCGUGUUUGGAGGCAUUUCGGAUACCGGAGGGCGAGAAUACGAAGCCGCUCCUUUCGUGGAUUCUGGGAAAUUCGAUUCAGGCCGUCGAUGUUGGAGUCGGCACUUUCGCCCCGGGGGGCGGGGCAGCGGCUCUUGUUCCUCUCGGGGAUGCUGGGAAAUGUAGUCCAGGAGCUCCGCGUAGUCGGAGGUAUUUCCGCUUCAGGAGAUUGCGAUUGCGGCCUUCGGUUCUCUCAGGGAGAAGCAGCAGAGAGACAAGAUCUAGAAGACUGGCUUCUUUGUGAGAGCUGGAUUCAGGUUCCGCCCCUGCCCCUUGACCUCACCAAGCCUCGGCUUCCUCAUCUGUUACGUGGGAACAACAGUUGUCAUCGUCAUCAUUUAUUAAGAACUUGGUAAAAUGCCAGACUCAGCGCUUCCCCAGAAGGAGGAGGGCAAAAUGACCAAGUUCAAGGAGGCGGUGACCUUCAAGGACGUGGCCGUGGUCUUCACGGAGGAGGAGCUGGGGCUGCUGGACUCUGCCCAGAAGCAGCUGUACCAGGAAGUGAUGCUGGAGAACUUCCGGAACCUGGUCUCAGUGGGUGAGGAAGGGCACUCUGGGACUGAACAUCGGAUCAGCCCCUGUGGGCAUCAAUCGUUCACACCAGAUGUAAUAUCCCAGUUAAAGAGAGAAGAAAAGCUUUGGAUGAUAAAGAUAGCAACCCAGAGCCAUCGCUCCUCGGGAGACAAGAAUCUAAAUGGCAUGGAGACUCUUCAAGAAGUUGGAUUAAGGUAUCUGCCACAUGAAGAGCUUUUCUGCUCACAAAUCUGGCAACAGGUUACAAAGGAAUUAACUGGGUGUCAAGAUUCCGUGGGAAAUAUUCAAGGAACUGGCUCUCAGAUGGAAAAACAAGGUGGCACACUCAAUAAAGAUGAGGAGUUUGGUAAAGACUUCAAUCAGACUUCACAUCUUCAAGUUCACCGCAGAGACCACACUGGAGAAAAACCCUACAGAGGGGUGGAGUGUGAGAAAGGUUUCAUACGGGACUCUCACCUUCAAAUGAACCAGACAGCCCACGUAGGAGAGAAGCCCUACAAGUGUGAAAAAUGUGAAAACGCCUUCCGUCGGCUUUCAAGUCUUCAAGCCCAUCAGAGAGUCCACAGUAGAACAAGAUUGAACAAACAUGAUAUGUUGUGUAAGCGUUUCAGUCAGAAGUCAUAUCUUCAUCAUCAUCAGAGAGUCCCCACUGGAGAGGAUCCACACAGAUUUGAGGAGUGUGGGAGGAACGUCGGGAAAAGCUCACAUUGUCAAGCUCCUCCCAUAGCCCACACGUUGGAGAAACCCUAUAAAUGUGAGGAGUGUGGACUGGGCUUCAGUCAGCGCUCCUAUCUUCACAUCCAUCAGAGAGCCCACACGGGAAAGAAACCUUAUAAAUGUGAAGAGUGUGGGAAGGGCUUCAGUUGGCGUUCACGCCUACAGGCUCAUCAGCGAAUCCACACUGGGGAGAAACCCUACAAAUGUGAGGCCUGUGGCAAGGGCUUUAGUUACAGCUCACACCUGAACAUCCAUUGUAGAAUCCACACAGGUGAGAAACCCUUUAAGUGUGAGGAGUGUGGGAAAGGCUUCAGUGUGGGUUCCCACCUUCAAGCCCAUCAGAUAAGCCACACGGGAGAGAAACCAUACAAAUGUGAGGAGUGUGGCAAGGGCUUCUGUCGGGCCUCAAAUCUUCUGGACCAUCAGAGAGGCCAUAGUGGUGAGAAACCAUAUCAGUGUGAUGCAUGUGGAAAGGGCUUUAGUCGUAGCUCAGAUUUUAACAUUCAUUUUAGAGUCCAUACAGGAGAAAAACCCUAUAAGUGCGAGGAGUGUGGGAAAGGUUUCAGUCAGGCCUCAAAUCUUCUGGCCCAUCAAAGAGGCCACACUGGAGAAAAACCAUACAAAUGUGGUACAUGUGGGAAGGGCUUCAGCCGGAGUUCAGAUCUUAACGUUCAUUGUCGAAUCCACACGGGAGAGAAACCCUAUAAAUGUGAGAAGUGCGGGAAGGCCUUCAGUCAGUUCUCAAGCCUUCAAGUGCAUCAAAGAGUCCAUACCGGCGAGAAACCAUACCAGUGUGCAGAGUGUGGGAAAGGCUUCAGUGUGGGCUCACAGCUUCAGGCCCAUCAGAGGUGUCACACUGGAGAGAAACCCUACCAGUGUGAAGAGUGUGGGAAGGGCUUCUGUCGGGCCUCAAAUUUUCUGGCUCACCGUGGAGUCCACACAGGAGAGAAGCCAUACCGAUGCGAUGUGUGUGGUAAGCGCUUCAGGCAGAGAUCAUACCUUCAAGCCCACCAGAGGGUCCACACUGGAGAGAAACCAUAUAAGUGUGAGGAAUGUGGUAAGGUCUUCAGUUGGAGCUCAUACCUUCAAGCCCAUCAGAGAGUCCACACUGGGGAAAAACCAUACAAAUGUGAGGAGUGUGGGAAAGGCUUCAGUUGGAGCUCAAGUCUUAUAAUUCAUCAGCGAGUCCAUGCUGGGGAUGAGGGUGACAAGGACUGUCCCUCAUCAGAGAAUACAUACAGCAAAGAAGCUCUAGUGAGGGUAACACUAGCCCCCAGUAGAAAACCACCUUACUGCCCAGGAACUCGGCAGCAUGAACUUUGUCCCCAAGGGACUUGUGGGAACUGUAGUCCAACAGCUCCGAAGUGGCUCAAGUACUUCCGGCGGAAGAGGGUGGGAACUCGGGCUGUGUUCUCCUCUGGCUUUCUGGGAAGUGUAGUCUACAAGUUCCGUAGAGACACGGACUCGGACGCUUCCGCACAGGCGUCGCUGGGACAGGGGAAUUGUGGGAAGUGUAUCCCCAGCGCAGCCUGGGGGCGGGGUUUCAGGCCCUGCCGCUCUGGGCGGCCAGGUAGUCUCCCUCUCUUCCCUCUCGCUGACACUCUGCCAGGUGCAGUUCUGACCUCCCAGGAUCUGUGUAACUCAGGACUGUGCCCAUCCCCAGACACAGGAGGAAACAUGACCAUGUUCAAGGAGGUGGUGACCUUCAAGGAUGUGGCUGUGACCUUCACGGAGGAGGAGCUGGGGCUGCUGGACUCCACCCAGAGGAAACUGUACCAGGAAGUGAUGCUGGAGAACUUCCGGAACCUGCUCUCAAUAGAAGGAAAGAUCCAAAGUGAGAUGGAGACUGUUUCAGAAGCAGGACCACAUGAAGAGCUUUCCUCCUGGCAGAUCUGGCAACAUAUUGCAAGUGACUUAACCAGGUGUCAAGACUCCAUGAUAAAAAGUUCUGAAUUCCACCAACAAGGUGACUCAUCCGGCCAGGUUGGGGCAGGAUUCUCUGAAACUCACACAGGCCAGAAACCUUAUCAGUGUAAUGAAUGUACAAAAUCUUUCAGUGAUGUCUUCAACUUUGAUCUUCAUCAACAAAUACACCCAGGAGAGAAGUCUCAUACAUGUGGUGAGUGUGGAAAAAGCUUCUGUUACAGCUCAGCACUUCGCAUUCAUCAGAGAGUUCACUCGGGAGAGAAACGCUAUAAGUGUGAUGAGUGUGGCAAGGAGUUCAGUCAGAGCUCACAGCUGCAAGCUCAUCAGAAAGUCCACACCGUAGAGAAGCCAUUCAGAUGUGAGCAGUGUGGGAAAGGCUUCAGUCGUAGGUCAACACUUACUGUUCAUUGUAAAUUACACAUGGGAGAGAAACCUUAUAAUUGUGACCAAUGUGGAAGGGCCUUCAUUCAUGCUUCACAUCUUCAGGAACAUCAGAGAAUCCACACUGGGGAGAAACCGUUCAAAUGUGAUAUAUGCGGUAAGAACUUCCGCCGUAGAUCAGCCCUUAACAGUCAUUGUAUGGUCCACACUGGAGAGAAGCCAUACAAAUGUGAGGAGUGUGGGAAGUGUUUCACUUGUAGUUCAAAUCUUCAUAUCCAUCAGAGGGUCCACACAGGAGAGAAACCUUAUAAAUGUGAGGAGUGCGGUAAGUGCUUCAUUCAGCCUUCACAAUUUCAGGCCCAUCGGAGAAUCCACACGGGAGAGAAACCAUAUGUCUGUAAAGUGUGUGGUAAGGGCUUCAUUUACAGUUCAAGUUUUCAAGCCCAUCAGGGAGUCCACACAGGAGAGAAACCAUACAGAUGCAGUGAGUGUGGGAAGAACUUCAGGAUGAAAAUCCAUUAUCAAGUUCAUCUGGUCAUCCACACGGGAGAGAAACCCUAUAAAUGUGAGGUAUGUGGGAAAGGCUUCCGUCAGAGUUCAUAUCUUAAAAUCCAUCAGAAGGCCCACAGCAUAGAGAAACCUUACAAGUGUGAAGAGUGUGGGCAGGGCUUCAACCAGAGUUCACGACUUCAGAUCCACCAGCUGAUCCAUACCGGUGAGAAACCAUACAAAUGUGAAGAGUGUGGGAAGGGAUUCAGUCGAAGAGCAGAUCUUAAAAUUCACUGCAGAAUCCACACCGGAGAGAAACCGUAUAAUUGUGAGGAGUGUGGGAAGGUCUUUAGUCAGGCGUCUCAUCUUCUGACCCAUCAGAGAGUCCACAGCGGAGAAAAACCAUUCAAAUGUGAAGAGUGUGGGAAGAGCUUCAGUCGGAGUUCACACCUUCAAGCCCAUCAAAAAGUCCACACUGGAGAAAAGCCAUACAAAUGUGAGGAGUGUGGGAAGGGCUUCAAGUGGAGCCUGAACCUCGACAUGCAUCAGAGGGUCCACACAGGAGAGAAACCAUAUAAGUGUGGGGAGUGUGGGAAGCACUUCAGUCAGGCCUCAAGUCUUCAGCUUCAUCAGAGUGUCCACACUGGAGAGAAGCCGUACAGAUGUGAUGUGUGUGGUAAAGUCUUUAGUCGGUCUUCACAGCUUCAGUAUCACAGGCGAGUUCACACAGGGGAGAAACCUUACCAGUGUGAGAUGUGUGGUAAAAGCUUCAGUUGGCGCUCCAAUCUUGUAAGUCAUCACAAAAUGCAUACUGGGGAUACAUUUUAUGAAAGCAGCGAGAGUGGUAAGAGCAUCAAGGAACUGUCAGAGGAAAGAAGUUCUACAAAAUGAUGUUUUCAAAAAACUCAUGUGUAACGUGAAUUCUUGCAAGCAUCAGGUCUCAUAGGAGAGAAAGUAUUUUAGGUUAGUUGGUGUUGAAGCAGUAGCUAAACAGAUCCUAGUGUUCACCAGACCACACAGCAGGGACCCCUUCUGAGUGUUGCAGUAAGGGCUGCAUUCAGAACUUUGACAUUUAUCAGAUGUCACUUAGGAGAUAGCACUUAGAAAGGAAAAGAGUUUGGUCUGGCCUUUAAUAAAAGUGUAAGGAUGAGCUAGUCAAAAUUGAUGUCCAUGAGAAUGUGUGCUCCAUGAGGGCAGGGACUUGGCUGCUGAAUCUACACAACCUUAACAUUGAGUAGCGCUUUUAGGUGUGCUCAGUACUUCUGUUUUAAAUAAACCGAAAGGGGGAAAUGUAUAAUAUAUGAAAGUUGUAUCCAGAGGAGGAAACCUGCAAAAUGAAAUUAAUUCAGGACAUGAACAUUUGUUGAAAUACUGAAAAUCACUGCAGAAAACUAAUCUGCAAUAUAUUUUUUUAAAAUUUAUUUUUGGUUGCGUUGGGUCUUCAUUGCUGCACACAGGCUUCCUCUAGUUGCGGUGAGCGGGGGUUACUCUUCAUUGCGGUGGGUGGGCUUCUCAUUGCGGUGGCUUCUCUUGUUGUGGAGCACGGGCUCUAGGCGUGCAGGCUUCAGUAGUUGUGGCAUGCGGCUGAGUUGCUCCGCAGCAUGUGGGAUCUUCCCAGACCAGGGCUCAAACCCGUGUCCCCUGCAUUGGCAGGCAGAUUCUUAACCACUGCGCCACCAGGGAAGCCCACCAAUCUUCAAUAUUAAUAUGCUAUUAGCCUAUUGCAACUGGCUCCUUGCCUCCCGCAGCCUCUGUUCUCAAGUUGGGUGGUUAUUUGAGGCCCUGUCUAGUUUUCCAAGGACUGUGUUCAGUAGAAAUUGAACUAUCUUGUGAUGUUUUUUCUUUUCUGAUGGUACAGACUGAAAAAACAUGAUUAACUUUGCAACAACAGUAACUGCCUAGUAUACAAUUGAUUUUUUUGUCUGUCAAUGUUACGGCAGGGUUUACUGUAACACUUUGAAAGUGUCACAAAAAUCGUUUGUCCCUAGAAAAAAAAUUUUUAGUUGACCUUGAACUUACUGAUUUCUAAUUCUCUGCAUUUUCAUCCAGACUUUGAAGUGUUUGCCUUCUAAUUAUUGUAGCAUUUCUUCUAUCAAAACUUCUCAGGUAGGGGCUAUGCCAUAUUCUUCCCCCACAUCCAUGAGGCAAAUACCCAGAAAACUUGUAGGAAUUUGAUAAAGUUAUCUAAUGUAUUAUUGAGACAAGACUGACAUUUAUGUGCUUUUCCCUAUUGGUAGCAGUAAAGCACGGUUUCUGGAAAGGAGUAUGUAUCAGAAUAUAUUAGAUUGUACAUCUCUUUGAUCUAGAAAUCAUAUAAUUGGAAGUUAUUGAUUAUGAGAUUAAAAUACCAGAAAGAUGAGCACCACAUCAAUGAUGUCACUGAAUUUUUUAAUGGAAAUUAGUGUACAGCUGUAAGAAUUUGAGUUUUGAUAUAUUCCUAUAUUAAUCUGAAGCCAUUAAAAUGAUGACAGGGACUUCCCUGGUGGUGCAGUGGCUAAGAAUUCGCCUGCCAAUGCAGGGGA